GAGGCUCGCUGCGGUUCCCGUCGGACCCUUGAAGCGGACGGACCAAACAAAAAGUGUCCCGCCGGAAGCUCGUCCAGGCUCCGGAGGGAAGAAGUCCGAGUUUAAGAUGAAGUUUCGGGGGAAGAUCGUGGACGUCGCCUGCCUGAACCACUUCAGCCGAGUCAUCACCACCAUCUCCAAGCUGACGAAGAUGUGCGUCCUGCGGCUAACUCCAGACAACCUGUUCUUCGUUUUGUCUGAGAAAGUGGCCAACGGAGGAGUCAGCAUGUGGUGCGAACUGUCGCAGGCCAACUUCUUCGAUGAGUACCAGAUGGAGGGCGUGUCCCCCGAGGACAAUGAGAUUUGUCUGGAAGUGACUCCAGAGAACCUGUCCAGAGCUCUGAAGACGGUCCAGAGCGCCAAGUCGGUCAAAGUCAAACUGACCAAGAAGCACUGCCCCUGCCUCACCAUCGCUGCCGAGCUGCCCACCCUGUCCAGCAUCAGUCGAGUCGUCACUCAUGACGUCCCGGUCGACGUCAUCCCCCGGAGACUCUGGCAUGAAUUCAUAGAACCGAGCGUUCCGGACUUUGAUGUCAGCAUCUACCUGCCGCCUCUGAAGACCAUGAAGAACGUCGUGGACAGAAUGAAGAACCUCUCCAACUUCCUGGUGAUUGAAGCCAACCUGAACGGAGAGAUGAACCUGAAGAUCGAGACAGAUCUGGUUUCUGUGACCACUCACUUCAAAGACCUGGGAAACCCUCCGUGGGGUGAUGACUCCUCUCAGGACGGUGGUCCAUCUCAGGGCAGAGACCCAGACAGCAUGGCGGAGGCCAGGGUGGACAUCAGGAGGCUGCAGCAGUUCCUCAUGGGACAGCAGGUCAACCCCAGCAAGGCCAUGUGCAAUAUUGUCCAUCAGAGGAUCCUCCACCUGAUUCUGCUGCAUGAGGACGUGUCCCUGCAGUAUUUCAUCCCUGCAGUGGCGUAGGAGCGUCUACGCCACUAGGGUUCGCUGUGGGUUUGAGGUAAAGAAAAAGCGGAUGUGAACUGGUUUUGAGUAAACCCCACAUGCCAAAGGAAUCCUCUGAAACUCAACAUGUCUGGGAAGUCUGACCUGCAUUUCAGUGACAAUGUAAAGUUCGUUCGAGGCGUCACCGCAGGAAGACUUUACCCUCUGACUUGUGGUUGGAGCAAAGUCAUGCUGAUAAGCCCACAUUUAUCAGAACAGGAGUGACAUUUGGACAGUUGAGACAGAAGUUGCACAUUUAUUGUUUGUGAGUUUCAGGUUGUUGCUUUUUUGCAUUAAAAAUGUUUUUUUCAGCUGCUGCAACACAAUGUGUUUACUUGGAUUAUCUAUGUCUGAUAUUUACAUUUGAUGAUCUUAACCCUCGUGUCGUCCUGCAGGUCAAAACUGACCCGUUUUAAAGUUUGAAAAUGUGGGAAAAAAUAUAUUUUCACAGUGAAACUUCUGAUGUCCACAUUUCCAACAUUUUUGGGAAAUCUUUGAACAUUUUUUGGUGGAAAAAAAUGCUAAAAAAAGUUUCUUAAGAACAUUCACAAAAAAAAAUCAACUAAAAUCCAGCGAGUUUCACUUAGAAUUUUUUUGGAAGAUUUUUACUAUUUUUUUGAAAAUAUUUACAAGAAUUUUCUUGCCAAAUUUGGGGGAUUUUUUAAAAAUAAAACUUUUAAGGGAAGCUGUAAAGCAAUUAUUGGAAUUUUCUUCCUGAAGGUUUUGCAAAUUUCAGAAAUUUGGGGAUUUUUUUUGCUGAAUUUUUGGAAAGGAAACAAUAUUUUUUGGUGCCCAUAAAUGAAGACAACAGGAGGGUUAAAGACGAAGGCGUCCUCAUGCAGGUUUUCUGCUCUGACUAAUUAGUGCUGAGUUUAUUUCUGUGAUUUACAGGGAGUCAACUCACUGUUUUUUAUUCGGCACAUUUAAAAGCACCAAAGUGUAAAAAACCACAUGAAUGUUAACCAUGAACACAAGUAGAACUAUUCCAUCCUGCAGUGCUAUCUAUGGUGUAAUAAACACAUAAAGGAUUAAAACCUGACUAAUAUA